UUCAUUGUGAUAUCCUGAUAUUCACCAAGUUGAACAAUAGAUUUUUUGUUGUUUUAUAUUACUUUGGAUAAUUUUCAUUUUUGUGCGUGCAUUGAAUGAGUAUACCUACCUAAACAAAAUAUUGACGUGCCUACAUACAGGAAGACUGAGCCAACCAAAGUACACGAAUGUACGUGAUAAUUCCUCUGUAUUCUUUUUCCUCCUGGCUUUAGCCCCGGUUGCAUCCUCACUUCUCUUUAGAGGAGCCCGGGGUAUGCCUCUGACCAUGGAUUCUAGAUUGGGUUUUCCUCUUCAAAGAUGAUUUUGAAAAGUUUCCAUUACUGAAAUAUGAUAUUUGACUGCAAAAAUUAGUAUAGUAUAAAUAAGACAGUAGGUAUGUAUAUACCUACAAUAAUUGCCCGAAAAAUUCCUUCCUCAAUGUACCUAAUGUCAAUGAAUACCACACCACACAUUAUAACAAGAUUUUGAUGGAGAUCAUUCAUUAAUUCAUAUAGCUCUUGCGGGUAGUCAGAGCCGGCAGUCUUAAAAGACUGAUAAGCCCAAUCAACUUUUGGGCUUAACGAUAGAAUUGAGAUUUAAAUAGCGAGCACAUCACUUAAAAGAAGAAUCCCAAGUUUAUAAGCUUCGUCGCCCUUUACGUCGCGAAAUCCAUGGGAAAGAGAAAAAAACAUAACAUAAAAUCACGCCUCUUUCCCGCAGGGGUAGGCAGAGACUACAUCUUUCCACUUGCCACGAUCUCUGCAUACUUCCUUCAAAAUAAUAAGAAAGGGAAAGAGAUAGUGUGGUCCUAUUCUGUUUUUUAUUGGUGCCGGGAACCACACAGCACAUGAAUGUUUAUUUGAUGUUAGUAUUUACAGAAAACAUCGCAGAACACAAACCAUGUAAAGAAAAAGGCCGUGUUUACUACAAAGUGUUAUCACUAUAUAAGUGUUACUGAAGGUAGGUAUUAUGCAUUACAUAAAGUUCGUUUUUUAAUUAAAAAUGAAGUGUUUCUCAUCAUGAUUUACCUAAUAUUUUUCAAGACUUGACUAUCAACGAUGACAAUAGUCAAUGAACCAAGUUGCUGAAUAAAGAGGGAUGGCAAAAACGAUGUUUUUGUGUGUAUUAGGUAUACAUAGUAUCUCUAUUUAGUUUGUGUGUGUAGUACUUAGUUAGAGUAUAUGUACUAUCUGUGACAGGAGGCGCCCAUUUAAUUUAAAUUUGCAAACUCGGCCCACGGCAAAAAAUAAUUUAAAAAUAAUAAUAUUGACAUUGACAGAUGUCAAUGUCAAUUUGUACUAAAGUUUUUUUAGGCCAAUCUCCAAUCCUAAGCAGUACAUUUAACUUUUAUUUAACUAAUUAAAACAUUUAAAGGAUUACAAAAUAAUAACUGGAUCCCCGGCAUUGGGACUAUAAAUCGGUACAUUACAAGUCUGCAAAUUAUACAUUACUCUUCAUAAUGACAGAGGUGUCUGUUAAAAAUGUUGACAAUGCAUGUGAAACAGCAGAAGAAUUCACACGAGUAUAUUACAAACAAGUGGACAAUAGUCGACAUUCCACCUCAAAAUUGUACCUGGAUACUGGACUUCUUGUGUGGAAUGGCAAUGGUAUAAACGGUAGUGAUAAGAUACAAAAAUUCCUAAUGGAUUUACCCGCCAGUAAUCAUGUUUUGAAAACCUUGGACGCUCAACCUGUUUCCGAGAUGGUAGUUUCCAAUAAACUGACAUUCCUUAUACAAGCGUGUGGAGAUGUUACGUAUGAGAACGACGAGACGAAAAAACCUUUCCAACAAACCUUUCUUAUAGUAGCUGUUGAUGGCAAGUGGAAAAUUGUAUCAGAUUGUUUCAGGCUUCAAGUGCCUUACAAUACGUAAUAGAAGAUUAUAUUUGUCUAGUAAAUUAAAAAAUAAGGAAAAGCAUUUAUGUAUUUCUUUUUUAUUUUUAAUAUUGGUUAAUUUAUAAACAGGUUCUAUGUGGACUGUGAAUCACAUAUGAUUUUUCUAUAGGUAAAUACUUUCUUGCUUGCUGAUUUUAAGGAGUCAAGUGAUUAUAAAAAAAUCUUAUAAAAUAUAAAACAAGUAUGUUUGUUCAAUCACUUAUUAAAUCAUAGAAAUGCAUCAUUCCACUGUUACUGAGAGUUGUUUUUUACUAUAUAUAAGGUAAUAAAAUUUUGUUGUAAAAACAAAAUAUUACUGAGUAUUAUCAGCAUGUGUAUCAGAAUCUUAUACUGUUUUUUUUUUCUUUGACAUCCUUUUUAUUUUAUAAAAAUAACUACAGUAUAAGUAACUAAAAAGAAAUUAAUUCUAACAGGUGUCAUUAAUAUAAUUUAUUUAAUGUAAUACUGUAGUUAUUUUUAUGUAAUCAGCUCUCUAGCUAUCACGGUUUAUUUACAGCCUGGAGACAGACGGACAGACAUACAGACAGGGAGGGCUUAGUAAUAGGGUCCCAUUUUACCUUUUGGGUACGGAACCCUAAAAACGACGUCAAAGAAAUCGACAUAUACAGUUUACUUAGGUACCUACAUAUGCUAACUAGAAGUACAUCCGCGUUUCUGACGUCAGGAUGGCUGGUGUAC